GGCCAGCUGCUCACACUCCUCCUCUCUGGACAUAGGUGAGGCCAGAGGCCGUUAGGAAAUCCCACUCUGCAUGAAUGCCGCCAGCCUGGGACCAGGACCUCACUGCUUCUUCCGCCUCAGACCGAGGAACUAAGCGACCCUUGCCGCGACUUCCUUCCCGGCCCCCCUCGCAUCUCACUGCUGUCUUUCUGGAUUGACCCCGUGGCCUCCUGCCUCGCUUUCCCACCGUGAACAUCAAUAUGUGUCAUGUCAUUGUCACCUGCCGCUCGAUGCUCUGGACCCUCCUGAGUAUCGUAGUGGCCUUUGCCGAGCUCGUCGCCUUCAUAAGCGCAGACUGGCUGAUCGGGAAAGCCAAGACCCGCGGCGCUGAGCCGGCAGACACUGACUCAGAGCCCUACUAUCUGGGCAUCCUUUGCAUCCGCACGCCCGGCAUGCAGCAAGCCCCUAGAGACGCACUGUGCGGGACUUACGCCAAGAGCUUCGGGGAUAUCGCCAGCGGCUUCUGGCAGGCCACUGCUAUCUUCCUGGCCAUGGGGAUCUUCAUUCUCUGUGUGGUGGCCUUGGUGUCCGUCUUCACCAUGUGUGUACAAAGCAUCAUGAAAAAAAGCAUUUUCAACGUCUGCGGGCUCCUUCAGGGAAUCGCAGGUCUGUUCCUUAUCCUCGGCCUGAUACUCUACCCUGCAGGCUGGGGCUGCCAGAAAGCCAUAGACUGUGGACGGCAUGCAUCUCCCUACAAACCUGGAGACUGCUCCCUGGGCUGGGCCUUUUAUACAGCCACUGGGGGCACAGUUCUCACAUUCAUCUGUGCUGUCUUCUCCGCACAAGCAGAAAUUGCGACCUCCAGUGACAAGGUCCAGGAAGAAAUCGAAGAGGGGAAGAACCUGAUCUGCCUCCUUUAGUUUGGAAGACAUGACUGCUACUGUUACCUUUAUGACUUGUGACACAGUCUUUGUCAUUUGAAUCAAGUGAGGAACCAGUCUUGACCUACCAGAGCCACAUUCCACAGCCCCAGGCCUUCGUGGGACCAGUGAGGGGCAUCACCCACCAAGCAAAUAAUGAGACCAGACCAGACAAGGACAUGGUUUAGCCCCUGACUGUGGAGUCAGACUCUGUCUGCCCAGGGCUCAAUGAAGGAUAGUGAUCUGACUCAGCAAGGCUGGCAGCAGAGGAGAGGCCAGCCAGCCCCAGGGUGGUUUGAGGCAGCUUUCUGGCCCACAGCUGUGUGACUGUGAACAUCUCAGAAUGAGGGCAGGAGGCAGUGUCUUGGUUUUCUUCUAAGUUGUUUCAAUUGGAGACUGAAAGGAAGAUUACAGACUUACUGAUGGCAGGUUGUAUGCUGAAGGUCACAGCAAGAUACCAGGUUUUGCUUAUCAGACCAAAGGGCUUAACAGGGACAAAUGUAGAAUCCUUCUGCGGACUACUCUACAUUUGUGUUCCAGGGCAAGAUGCAUCUGUGGAAUUAUCCUCAGGAUUUGAGUUCAGACAGACAGACAAUCACCCCAGGCAGUCAGGCAGAUGGCUCCCUGCAGCCAGCCUAAUGCCUAAACUAGUCCUGUUUCAUUAGUUAGUUUUCUCCUGGGGUUGUGCUUGGCUGCCCAGGGAAACCUCAGUGUUUCCUCCUUCCAAGGACAGCGGCAGCCUCCAGCCCAGCUGGGGCUCAUGCAGAUGUUCAGAGGGAGGGGCUGCCUGACUGUGCUGUAUAGUCAGCUGGCUUCCAGUCCCAUUGGUGUUCUUUGCAGAGAAAGCAGGACCUAGCCAUGGCAGCUUCUAGUGUUGAGCCUAAGAAAAGACUGGGUGACACGGAAUCAUGCCACUGAAGACUUGCAUCAAAAAUCCCAUCCCCAGGGAGGCAAAGAACAAAAAUUUAAUGCAGAAGUGGGGGCUGGACCAAACUUAACACAUCUGCCUAAGCAUGCUUACAAAACCCACUAAAUACCACUACUAGAAAGGACUCAGGGCUUUUAAUCCAGUCUCUGCAAAUUAUCCAUAUAACCAAAGCAGCCAGAAAUACCAGUCUGGCAACAAAUAAGCCUUGCAGAUAGAGACCAUCUGCAGUAGCAUAAGUGGAGUGGACCCAUUUGGUUUUAGAGAUAUGUUCCACUAAGGGCUUUGUCUUAAAAGUUAAAUAGUUAAGCACCUUCUACUGGCAAGUGUUUGUUAAGUACAACCAGGUACACACCCUGAUUGAGUCUACAGCCUUGCUCCAGAACAACUGCCUUAUAUAGAGAUGGGCUAGGCCCACUGGGGUUUAAUUAUAUUUAUUUGCCCUUUGGUUUAUACCAAAAACCAUCUUAUCUCUCAUGAAGGGAAAGGUUAGGGAAGAUGGUAUUGAAUCAGAUCUUAAGUUCAGUUUUGAACCAGUGUUCAAAAUCAGCAAGGUAAAGAUGCUGUGCCUUCUUUAGAAUUAGAAGUGGGAGGCCCCUAGGAAGACUCGGGAAACAGGAACAGAUCACCAAGUGCAUGGGCCAUACAGCAUGUGGAAAGACUUGUCCUUCUGCCAGCAUAGUGACUGUGUUUCCAACCUGGGCAAUACUUGGCACAAAACACAGUUUUGUUCGACGAGAAUACUUUGUUUUCCUUGAACUUAACCAGAUUAAUUUUUAGGUAUUUUUUUUACAUACAAGCUAGUCCCAAACCAGGGAUCCUAUAUGAAAGCCCAUCGCCUGUUCUUUUAGUAAGGUGGCAGUGGACUAUGUCAGUCACAAAUGAAAAUGUGACCACUCUGCCACAUAAAGUUACUUAACAGUGUUUUUUUCAUUAGAGAAACCCCCCCAAAAAUGGGGGGGGUGCACAGAUGAAAUGCCAUUGCUAUUGAAAACCACCUAGAUGCUGACUUGAUGGAGCAGAGAGAGAGGUACAUCCACCAUUUGAGAUCUUCAAACCAAGAUACAGACAUUUUCAGGGAAUGAAAGGCCCAUCUACAAUCAUGGUAGUGUAGAAUGAAACUUACCUUUGGCUCUUUAAAAACCACUUAUGGGCCUAUACCCAUUUUUCUAGUAAUAGGACUGUUCCUACUACAGGAAAGGUCUUACUUUGCCUGUGUUUGUGCUCAGCCUCUCAAUGAAGACUAAAGCAGAGACCCCGGAAAUCUGUGAAUUCUUUAAACCUGUGUGGUAAUUCAACAGCAUGACAUAACUGUGGAAGGGUUUCUAUGUAGUUCUGAACAUCUGUGAUGUAAUGAAUGGUUUUUGUUAAACAUGCAUUCUGUAAAGUGCCAUAGUCUUUUUAUGUGUAGCAUAUUUAAAUAUAUAUAUCACAUACACACAAGUUUGUCUGAAAGAUGUGCAAUAACAAAGGUGUAUGUUUUGUUUGGGGAAACUGGACAUGUUUCAAAACAGGGAUGUUUCUGUUUUACAAAGGAGAGUUAGACAUAUUUGCCUUCACAGCUAGUCAUUAGUCCCUAACAAUUUUAAUGCUACGCAAACCUUAUGUGAAGAAAAGACUGGUAUGAAGUCAUGUUUUCCUGGGUCUAAAUGAAGAAAAUGAUCACUAUAUUUAUGGGAGACUCAAUCCAGCAAGCCAGGCCCAGUCAUUGCUAGUCUUCUGUGUAAAAUGUGAAGCUGCCAUUUUGCCUUUUCUGUUAGCCUGAUAACUAGUAGCUGCUCAUGAGCUUUUGUAGAUGGUGUUAAUGCUAGGCUACUAUAUUAAGGCUAGUCUCACACCUUCUUAGCCAUAGGAGUCUGGCUUAGGACAGACUGUUCUCUGUGCAAUAACAUGUGGCCACUGGGAAUCCCGGGCCUGCAUUUGUGUUUAGGGGAGCAGAGACUCCCAAGGCCAAAAGAAUACAAGGGAUGACUGGGACUUCUGAGACUAUGGAGAAGCUCCUUCUGUAGCCAAGGGGGGUCCUUAGGUGCUGUGAGGAAACUCAGCGCCACUUGAGCCAAAUAUAAAGUUGUGCUUACAGCUCAUGGACUGAAUUAGAGCCUUCCUAUGUGUGCUUAUCCUGUUAUAUUGUAAACUAAUACAUUAUUUGUCUAGCAUAGGAUUUUCACAGUGUGCUCCCUUCCCCCCUCCAGAUCUGAAUUAAAUCAGAUUUUGUGAACUCA